AUGGCCUCGAUCCAAGUACAGAAAUUAACAGAGAAGGAGCAGCUCGAUCGUCUCGAUCAACUAAUACACAGCUCACGCCAUAUUGGCUGCAUCUAUCCGAAGAUCCGUCAAUGGCAGAUCAAGGCCACUACCGAUAUUGCAGCCGAUAGAACAAGGAAGCGGCGAACGAGUUGCCCCAUCACAAUGAGCAGAUCAGCACAUCCUUUUCCUCCGCCUCCAAACGCCCCGUUUCUAUGGGCCCGGCCGGUGUGCGACUGUCACUAUUACUACCAGUACUACCUCUGCGGAUGUCCCGAUCGCUACGUAGCCACGGCAGGAGGGCGUCUCAAACACAUACCCAGUCGCCAUGGAUGCGCCUUUUGGUACAAGCCGUUCAUAGAACGGUUGGUACACCACAAUGCCGGAUUCCGACACAACCCCAACCCGCCGACUCGCCCCGACCCGAGCGUGCUGCCGUUCCCCUGUUACCGCCACCUGAUGGAGUCGCGUAUCUUUCUAUCCCCAGACGAACUCCGUGCGUGGAGGAGGCGAUUGUCGGAUCCCAGAUGGAAUCCCGUCAGCGCCGCGCGAUUGAAUCACAAUAUGAGCCAGCUCCAAAAGUUUCAGAAAGAAAGCAGGUUGAGCCAGAAGCAGCGGGGAGCCAGAAAGCGUGCACGCGCUGGAGAAGAGGACGACAGGCUCAUACUUCCACUGCCUCGUAAGCGAAGAGUUCUCCCGCCAAAGUCCAAGGAGAGCAGGGCGCUGCUGAUGCUAUCCAGGGAGCUGAUAACUCAGCACAGAGAGAUAGGCCCGUAUAAGCUUCCUCCCGGGGACAUGAGGGCUUACGCUUGCCAGCAACGCGCGCAUAAAGGAGACCGGAAGUCUCCACGGGAUCCCGAGCCUUCUGUCCAAGGAAUAAGAGACACGAAUCUCCAGGCAGCAGAGCUCUACCGUACAUACUUCAACACCUUUCGCGGCGCCACACACGAGGAGCUCAGCGAUGCUUGGCGCAAGCUCCACAACUUGCAACGCUUAUUAUCUUGCGACCCGCAUUCCAGUCUUCCCCUAUCCCCAGUCACCCUAGCCCAAGAACCAGAGACACGAGAAGCAGGACAAGCAAAACAAGCCGAAACCGAGGCCCAUCCACCUACCACAAGGGGUUCCUCACCCAUGCAGGCCCUCCGACUAUUGCCCCAGCUUGACCCCGAACCAGAACAUGGUCGCCGGAUUCCCCAUGACCACUUCAGCUCCCUCACCUGGCUCCUAGAAGAGCAUUCCGUCGACCUCUGGCGCCAAGACAGCUACUACUCCCGUUGCCCCCCGCCGCUCCCGCCCGACGUCCGGUACGACGGGCCCACGCACACGGGCUACUUGGCUGGCGCGUACCGGACCGACCCGGAGGUGCUGCACCAGGCGCGGGUCGCCAGCUGGGGGCGGGAGUUCGGCGAGCUCGGGGUGUGGUGGGCGCGGAAGGUGAAGGAGCUCUGGGCCGAGUUUGUGGAAGGGAGCGGCCAUGGUGCUGGUGGCAGCGGUGUUGGAGCCGGGUUCUGGAUGGGAGGAAAGCUGAAUAUGUAA